GCGCCGCUUUUCCUCUGCUUUGUACUUGCAUAUUUAGAUAAUAUCCGUAGCCCUGAGCCUAAACUAGAUUAGUUUUUUUCUUUUGUGUCAGAACUAUAGAACCAGAGUUGUGUUUUGUCUGAAAAAGAACAUGGCGGAAAAGGCGGGAGAACCAAGGACGACCAGAGAUAGUAUUUACAGAGUUGCAAGGAGUAUAAAGAGAAGAGACAACAGCCUCUACAACGCUCUUAGAUCAAUCUACCAAGACUCACUCUUCGUAGACGAGAUCUCGAACCUAUGGCCAAAGCUUCCUCUCCUCGCUAACCUUCGUUGUGGUCUUUGGUAUUCUCCACGAUUCGAUGCAACAUGUUAUUUUAAAUCCACCGACGGUCAUACCAACAACUUGUCUUUCAACACUUCUCGUCUCAAUCUCCAUCUUCCUCUUCUCGCUGGAGAGAAAGGAGGUUGUAUCAUCAUUGAUUCAACUCGUAAAGGAAAGAAGUUUCCAGAUAGCAUGUCGAAAACGAUACCAAUAUGGUGUUGUGUAUUGAACCGCUCAAUAUAUAAUCACUUGAAGAGAUUAUGUAACACUAAUGAUCCAGGUUUCACUAGUGAUGAUCAUGGUGAAAGCAGCAUAAGACAGUUGUUAGAUACAUGGGACUGUAGUUUACAUAUGCCACUAUGGGUUUCCAAGACAGAGAAGGCUUCUAUUGAAUCUCGUUUAGAUGAAUGGACUAGACAGUUAGAGGAGAGUGGAGCUGACAUAUCUUCUUUAGCUUCAUGCUUGUGGAAGCCUUUACGUCCUCUUUGGGUUUCACAGAAGACAGUCAUGUGGUUGAAUGAAGUACCUGAUCAUGAGUCAUGGGACUUCACUCCUCUCAUCCUUGUCUCAGCUUCUGAUUCUGGUGAAGUUCAGCAAUACAGAACCAACUCAGAGUUUAGUUGGAGUUAUAUCCCUGGGGCUGGUGAUGAUGAAGAGAGUUGGUCAAGAGGUUUGUCCCCUAGUGUUUUCUGGAACCAUGUUGAUGAUCUUAUUGAUUCAGGACCAGAAGUGUGUAACCAGAAAGUCGCGGAGAUUGUUGAGAGUGAUAGAGUGUAUAGAGCUCAGAGGGGUCAAGAAGCUCCUCAGGUUGUUGUAAAAAGCUCAAAAGCUAAUAAUGGAGUCAAAAGUGACGAAACUUUAUCUCUUAGUGUACCAAAACCUAGAGUUGGUGAAGAAAGCUUAGUGUCUUGGUUGGCAUCAACAAAUCUUGCGCUUGGGUCAUCACAAGUAGCUAGUAAGGUGUUUUCUAUUGACUGCUGCAUAUUAAACUGCGAUAAAAAUCCAGUAUCAGUCCCUCCAUCACAUUUUGAAGAGCAUUUGCAUCUACCUAUGAUGGGUUCAAAAUUUGAUAGGUUUUCGAUACUAAAGAACCUUCCCACCGCGGUGAACUUUGCUAAGAUGAAGGUGAGUGUGGGGAAGAAGCUCUUAGUUUGUUGUCAAGACGGGGAAGAUAUCAGUGUAUGUGUAUGUUUGGCCAUCUUAAUAUCAUUAUUCAAUGAAGAAGGAACUUUUGAUGGUGGGAGAUCUUUUGAAGAAAAGAGUAUAACAAAACUUGAAAUGCGACGGAUGCUUAUAUUUAUAUGCAAAUACGCUGUGAAUGCGAGGCCAUCUAGAGGGAAUCUAAGGCAAGUUUUUGGUUUCCUUACAUCGCAACGCGAAAACUCAGAUGAAUGAAGUAGAUUCAUCUUUUCAGAAAGAAACAGAAAAUUUUGCAGUCUUUAGUCUUUUUAGUGCAUUAUGUUUUUUUUCUCAGAUCAUAUUAUGUGAUGAGAGCUUUGCAAUGGUCCACAUAAUCGGUGAUGUUUUUUGAUGAAAUAAUUUGUUGUGUACU